UUCAUUAUUUCAUUUUCUCUCUCGAUCGAUCGGUUGAGAUAUUUCUGCAUAUAUAUUUUAGAUAUAUCACUGCAUUAUUAUACUACAUAUCAUUUUAUCUAUGGAGAUGGAGAGCUCUACUACUGCUAGUGCUAAACACAAUAAUAAUGAUCAGAAAAAUGGGAUAUUUAGGUUUUGUUUGUCAUGGCUAAAGUUGUUGCUACAAAAGUCUUUAAGCAAAGUUUCCAAGAUUUCCCAGGACACAAAAGAGCUGGGAAAAGAUGACCCAAGAAGAGUAAUUCAUUCGGUUAAAGUGGGAGUUGCGUUAAGCAUAGUCUCAAUAUUCUACUACUAUCAACCACUUUACGACAAUUUUGGUGUCUCCGCUAUGUGGGCUGUAAUGACUGUCGUUGUCGUUUUUGAAUACACUGUUGGUGCUACUCUGGGAAAAGGUUUGAAUAGGGGUUUGGCUACCUUAGCAGCUGGGGCUCUAGGUGUUGGAGCUCAUCAUUUGGCCAGCUUAUCAGGCCAAGUAGGGGAGCCAAUACUGCUGGGCAUUUUUGUCUUCUUACAAGCUACACUAUCAACGUUUAUAAGAUUUUUUCCGAAAAUAAAAGCGAGAUAUGACUACGGGUUGCUAAUAUUUAUAUUGACAUUUUCAUUGAUAUCGGUGUCUGGUUUUCGGGACGAUGAGAUUUUGGAAAUGGCUCACAAGAGACUUUCCACCAUUUUCAUUGGAAGCUCUGCUUGUGUGAUUAUAUGCAUUUUGGUUUGUCCCGUUUGGGCUGGUGAAGAUUUGCACAAUUUGAUCGCUCUCAACUUGGAAAAGCUUGGAAAUUUCUUAGAAGGAUUUGGGGAUGAAUACUUUAACACAACUACAUCAGUGAAGGAAGAAGAGUCGAAAGACGACAAGAAGACAUUUCUGCAGGGAUAUAAAAGUGUGCUCAACUCAAAAAGUAGUGAAGAAUCUUUGGCAAAUUUUGCAAGAUGGGAGCCAGGUCAUGGUCGAUUCAAGUUUCGUCAUCCGUGGCAGCAAUACCUUAAAGUCGCAACGUUGAUUCGCCAAUGUGCCUAUCGAAUUGAAGCCCUCCAUGGCCAUCUUAAUACCGAUCCCCAAGCAUCACCAGAAAUCAGAGAACAGAUCCAAGAAGCAUGCACGAAAAUAAGCUUGGAAAGCGGGAAAGCACUUAAGGAGGUAGCUAACUCAGUGAGAAAAAUGACGAAAACAUCCUCAGAUGAUAUUGGGCACAUAGCGAGCUCAAAAGCUGCAGCCAAGUCGCUGAGAUCUUUGUUCAAGUCUGGGAUGUUGGAGAAUAUUGACCUUUUAGAAGUGAUCCCUUCUGUGACAGUGGCUUCUCUCCUAAUUGAUGUUGUCAAUUGCACUGAGAAAAUUGCUGAGUCAGUUCACGAACUUGGCUCACUUGCACACUUCAGAACCAGCACUAGUACUAUUAAAUCUGAUUCUGCCUUAGAUCCUAAUAAUGUUUCACCAGAAAAAUCAAAGUCAAAGAUAGACUACUCAUGCCCUACUCAACCUCAAUCUCACCAUGUGGUCAUUACAAUCAAUACACAGUCUGCUCCUGCUCCUGCUCCAACUUUAGUACCUGAUGAAAGUGGGAACGCUCGGGCAUCAAUACAGAUGGGUGUGUAAAUAUAUAUAAUAUAUAUUUAUAUUGUAUGUUACUGACAUUAUUACUAUUAUUAUUUAUAACUUAAUAUAUAAAUAACAAUCACAUCUUUAUACCCACUUAAGUAUUAUAAAGAUUGGGUAUAUAAUAGAAUCAGUGUGUGCUUUUAUAAUGA